CUAAUAAACUUUUCGGUGAAAAAUUUUAUAAAUCGUUAACUAAGCAAUGGAAAAUUAAACUUUUCGUGUCGCUAAUAUGAACUCUUCUAAAAAUAGAAAUAUACAAUAGAAGUGCUUUGCUUUAUUAAUAAAUAUAUAACUUCUUUCAGUCAAUAAACCGAGUCAAAAUGGCAGAAAUUGACCAGAAUAUUUAUAUUUCGACAGGAAAACAGGCCGAUAAUACAAGACAAGAUAGACGCAAGGCUCGCCAAAAAUGGGGUGCAGCUGAAACUUCCUUGCUUGUGGAGGGUCUUUAUGAGCAUGGUGUUGGUAAUUGGAAGAAAAUUUUGACCGAUCCAAAAUAUCCUUUUCGCGAAGAUCGAACAGCCGUUGAUCUCAAGGAUAGAUUUCGAACAUUAUAUCCAAAUGAAUAUGAAAGUUUGUAUGGAAAAAAAGCAAAAAGAAAGACAAAAAUAACAAACAAUGACCAAUCUAAAUCAGAUAUGGUAACAUUCGCAAAGAAGCCCCAUCGUCCAAAAAACAAAUUUACGCCCGAAGAAGAUAAUGCUUUGAAAUUAGGUGUUGAAAAGUACGGUAACUCCUGGACAAAAAUUGCGAGUGACCAGCAGUUUAAUUUGAUGCAUCGAAGGGGACAAGACUUAAGAGAUCGGUGUAGAGUUGCAUACCCUGAUAUAUACGCUCGUUUCAGUAAAUCACGAAAGUCAAAGCAUGUUGGAAAAUCGGACCCACAUAUCUUAAAAAAAUUUUAUGCAUUACCGUUCCAGACUUCGACAAUACAAAAACCUGAAACAUCAAAUGUAUUAACUUGAUUUAUUUAUAUGCUGUCGUAUAUUUAUCAUUUAUUUGAUUAUUUAAAAAAGGUAUUUAUAUUUUUUACGCGCUAUUUUUAAGCUUAAUAAAGAGAAAAAAAAAUUAAAUUGGUCCAUGGAUAUAAUUUAUUUGGUUGGUAACGAUUAAAAUAUACCAUAUUAUAAAUAACCGAUACGGUACUCUAUUCAACUCAUCCGUAAAAA